AUGCCUAACGCCACGGUCGCCGUGUCUGAGUUUGUUCUGCACUGCGCAAUUGAAAAGGACAAGAUGACUUUUACCAUUGCUGCUCUUGCCCUCAUCUAUAUGGUGACACUUGUAGGAAAUCUGCUAGUAAUUGUGGUCAUAAUAAUAAAUCCACAUCUUCAGAGCCCCAUGUUUUUCUACAUCGGCACCUUAGCAGCGAUUGAUGUGGUGAACAGCACCAACCUCAUCCCUCGAAUGCUGGCCAUCCUCACGUUCAAUGCCAACACUGUCCCUUAUGGGCCCUGCUUGCUUCAGCUCUCAGUGGUGUACCACCUUGGGGUUACAGAAGGCCUUCUUUUGUCUGUUAUGGCAUGUGACCGCUAUGUCGCUGUCGUGUACCCCCUAAGGUACCCUUCUAUUGUUACAAAUAAGACGGUCUGCAUCAGCAUCUUCCUGGUGAAUGUUAUUGCUGCUGCCAUCCUCACCCCCUACAUGGUUUUUGCUACAGAGCUUUCAUUUUGCCACACCAACGUCCUACCUUACUGUUUCUGUGAUUUUGUUACAAUGGUUCAUAUUUCUUGUACAGUUGACCCCAGGCACCUCACUCUUUUGUCCAGCACCACAAUAAUCACAGGAAUUGGAGUGCAGCUGUCUGCAGAAGCUUACAAUGUGCUGGUCAUCAUAGCCAUUAUGGUGCCCCCCAUGAUGAAUCCUAUCAUCUACAGCUUCAGGAACAAGGAGAUCAAGGGGAGCAUUUAUAGACUGUGGACGGGGAAGAGAACAACCCCAGAUAGCCAUUAA